AUGCAAUCGUCGAAAGUACGGCGGAAAGUGGGUCCCGCAACCUCCGGAGCCGGUGUAGACUCGGCGGAGAAGCUUGAUGAACUCCUGAUAUCGUCUGCGAUUUGUAACGGCAAGGAUUUGGGACCGUUUGUGCGGAAAACGUUCGGUACGGGAAAACUGGAGACUCUUCUUCAGCAUCUCAAGUUCUUCGCGCGAUCUAAGGAAUCGGAGAUCGAGGAGGUGUGUAAGGCUCACUAUCAGGAGUUUAUCCACGCCGUAGACGAUCUCAAGUCGCUUCUCUCAGAUGUUGAAUCUCUCAAAUCUGCGCUAUCCGAUUCGAAUUCUAAACUCCAGUCCGUCGCAGGGCCGCUUCUCUCGACUCUCGAUUCGCUUGUUGAGGCGCAGGUGUGUCGAAGAACGUCGAUCUGGCGGUUGGAGCCGUGA